CGAUGGAUUGCCUCUUGCACAUGGCCUGACUAGGGAUUGAACCCACAACCUGGGUAUGUGCCCUGACUGGGAAUUAAACCUGCAACCCUUUGACCCUUAGGUGCACUGGACAGCGCUCCAACCAUUGAACCACACCAGCCAGGGAGAUCAAGUUUUGAUGUUAUAAAAUUUUAGCCUAUUCAUGGACAAGAACACAUACAGGAAACUCCAUUUACAAGUUAGGGGACAUCACACAGAAGGGAUACGAAAAGAAAAGAUCAAAACUCCUGUCUCCUUACAUCCCACAGACACAAGAGGAGAGAAGAAAACGGAAGGAAAGAAAGGAGGAAAUGAAUCCUAACUGGGCAUCUGCUGUGUGCUAGGCACUUUUAAAAUACCCAAGGUCAUCAAAUCAUUUACACAAAGCUUGGGUGAUAGUGUAUCUGUGCAUAGCUGAUAUGAUUCAAAGGCAGAAAAUUCCAGGUCAUGGAAAAACUGCAGCUUACUUAUGCCUGGACACAGACUGUGAUGGAGAGCAAGGGGAGCAAAAGUAAGAAGGAAUGACAGAUUCAGUAUUGCAAGGCAACUCAAGUACUGGAGUACCUGAGGAUUUUGGGAAACUGAUUCAGCAGCACAGAAAGAACAUAGAAACCAGACACCUGCUCCAUCUGCAGCUCAAACUUCCGCUCCUUCCAAGUACCACCGAUCUCGAUCUGGGGGAGCCAGGGAUGAACGAUAUCGAUCAGAUAUUCACACAGAAGCCGUUCAGGCCGCACUGGCAAAGCAUAAAGAACAGAAAAUGGCUUUGCCCAUGCCAACCAAAAGGCGGUCCACGUUUGUCCAGUCUCCUGCGGAUGCCUGCACGCCUCCUGACACGUCUUCGGCCUCCGAGGAUGAGGGCUCUCUGAGACGCCAAGCUGCGCUCUCUGCUGCCUUACAACAGAGCUUACAGAAUGCGGAGUCCUGGAUCAACCGCUCAAUUCAGGGAUCGUCCACUUCUUCAUCCGCAUCUUCUACGCUGUCCCAUGGAGAGGUCAAAGGAACCAGUGGGUCUCUAGCUGAUGUAUUUGCCAAUACUCGAAUAGAGAAUUUUUCUGCUCCCCCUGACGUCACUACAACUACCUCUUCAUCAUCAUCAUCCUCAAUACGCCCAGCAAAUAUUGAUCUGCCCCCCUCCGGGAUAGUUAAAGGCAUGCACAAAGGAUCCAACAGGUCCAGCCUUAUGGAUACAGCUGAUGGUGUUCCUGUCAGUAGCAGAGUAUCCACAAAAAUCCAACAGCUUCUCAACACUCUGAAACGACCCAAAAGGCCUCCCUUAAAAGAAUUUUUUGUGGAUGACUCUGAAGAAAUUGUGGAAGUACCUCAGCCAGACCCUAACCAGCCCAAGCCGGAGGGACGGCAGAUGACCCCUGUGAAGGGGGAGCCCCUAGGAGUCAUCUGUAACUGGCCUCCUGCUCUGGAAUCUGCUCUGCAGCGCUGGGGCACCACUCAAGCCAAGUGCCCCUGUCUGACUGCACUGGAUGUGACAGGGAAGCCAGUUUACACUCUCACGUACGGAAAGUUGUGGAGCAGAAGUUUAAAGUUGGCCUAUACACUGCUUAAUAAACUGGGGACCAAAAAUGAACCUGUAUUAAAACCUGCAGACAGGGUAGCCCUGGUUUACCCCAACAAUGAUCCAGUCAUGUUUAUGGUGGCUUUUUAUGGAUGUCUCCUGGCGGAAGUAAUUCCAGUGCCUAUAGAGGUACCUCUUACCAGAAAGGAUGCUGGAGGGCAGCAGAUUGGCUUCUUGCUAGGAAGCUGUGGUAUUGCCUUAGCUCUUACCAGUGAAGUUUGUCUAAAAGGGCUGCCAAAAACACAGAAUGGAGAGAUUGUACAGUUUAAAGGUUGGCCCCGGCUCAAAUGGGUUGUAACAGAUUCCAAGUACCUUUCAAAGCCUCCUAAAGACUGGCAGCCCCACAUCUCACCUGCUGGCAGUGAGCCAGCGUACAUCGAGUAUAAAACAAGCAAAGAAGGGAGUGUAAUGGGAGUCACGGUGUCCCGCCUUGCAAUGUUGUCUCACUGCCAAGCUCUGUCCCAGGCCUGCAAUUAUUCUGAAGGAGAAACAGUAGUAAAUGUUUUAGACUUUAAGAAGGAUGCUGGGCUGUGGCAUGGCAUGUUUGCGAAUGUAAUGAAUAAGAUGCAUACAGUUAGUGUACCCUACUCUGUUAUGAAGACUUGCCCUCUCUCUUGGGUCCAGAGAGUACAUGCCCACAAAGCCAAGGUCGCUUUAGUAAAAUGUCGAGACUUGCACUGGGCUAUGAUGGCACAUCGGGACCAAAGAGAUGUGAGCUUGAGUUCCCUCCGGAUGUUAAUUGUGACUGAUGGAGCAAAUCCCUGGUCUGUGUCAUCCUGCGAUGCCUUCCUGAGUCUGUUCCAGAGCCACGGACUGAAACCAGAGGCCAUCUGUCCAUGCGCUACUUCUGCUGAGGCUAUGACUGUCGCGAUCCGCAGGCCUGGAGUUCCAGGGGCCCCUCUGCCGGGAAGGGCCAUUCUCUCAAUGAAUGGAUUGAGCUAUGGGGUAAUACGGGUCAAUACUGAAGAUAAAAAUUCGGCACUAACAGUCCAGGAUGUGGGACAUGUCAUGCCUGGUGGGAUGAUGUGCAUCGUGAGACCUGAUGGACCUCCCCAGCUCUGCAGAACUGACGAAAUUGGAGAGAUAUGUGUCAGCUCCAGAACAGGGGGCAUGAUGUACUUUGGGCUUGCUGGUGUGACCAAAAAUACCUUUGAGGUAAUUCCAGUGAAUUCUGCAGGCUCUCCUGUUGGGGAUGUGCCAUUCAUCCGGUCAGGAUUGCUGGGGUUUGUAGGGCCCGGCAGCUUGGUGUUUGUGGUUGGAAAAAUGGACGGGUUACUCAUGGUUAGUGGUCGAAGACAUAAUGCUGAUGACAUUGUUGCUACCGGAUUGGCUGUGGAAUCAAUAAAGACUGUUUAUAGAGGAAGAAUUGCUGUGUUUUCUGUGUCUGUAUUUUAUGAUGAGCGCAUUGUGGUGGUUGCGGAACAAAGACCUGAUGCUUCCGAGGAAGAUAGUUUCCAGUGGAUGAGCCGGGUGCUGCAGGCAAUCGAUAGCAUUCAUCAAGUGGGGGUUUAUUGUCUUGCUCUGGUGCCUGCCAAUACAUUGCCAAAAACUCCACUAGGAGGAAUCCACAUAUCUCAAACGAAACAGCUCUUUCUGGAAGGAUCUCUACAUCCGUGCAAUAUCCUCAUGUGCCCACAUACAUGCGUGACCAAUUUGCCAAAACCCCGGCAAAAGCAACCAGGUGUAGGCCCUGCUUCUGUGAUGGUUGGGAAUCUGGUUGCUGGAAAACGCAUAGCACAAGCUGCAGGAAGGGAUCUCGGGCAAAUUGAAGAGAAUGAUUUAGUGAGGAAGCACCAAUUUCUGGCAGAGAUAUUACAGUGGCGAGCCCAGGCAACCCCUGACCAUGUACUCUUCAUGCUGUUAAAUGCAAAGGGCACAACUGUGUGCACAGCCAGCUGCCUCCAGCUUCACAAGCGAGCAGAGAGGAUUGCGUCAGUUCUCGGUGAUAAGGGACAUCUAAAUGCAGGCGACAAUGUGGUGUUGCUCUAUCCACCUGGCAUCGAGUUAAUCGCUGCAUUCUAUGGCUGCCUGUAUGCGGGGUGCGUUCCUGUGACUGUCCGGCCUCCUCAUGCUCAGAACCUUACCGCCACGUUGCCCACCGUCCGCAUGAUUGUUGAUGUCAGCAAAGCCGCCUGCAUUCUCACCACGCAGAUGCUAAUGAGGUUACUGAAGUCGCGAGAGGCAGCCGCAACUGUGGAUGUGAAAACCUGGCCAACCAUCAUUGACACAGAUGAUUUACCCAGGAAGAAGUUGCCUCAGUUGUAUAAACCACCCACUCCUGAGAUGUUGGCGUAUCUUGACUUUAGUGUCUCUACAACGGGCAUGCUUACAGGAGUGAAGAUGUCCCACUCGGCAGUCAAUGCUCUCUGCAGAGCCAUCAAGCUCCAGUGUGAAUUGUAUUCUUCUCGGCAGAUCGCCAUCUGCCUUGACCCUUACUGUGGACUUGGCUUUGCACUCUGGUGUCUCUGCAGUGUCUAUUCAGGUCACCAGUCCAUCUUAAUUCCUCCUAUGGAGUUAGAAAACAACCUUUUCCUCUGGCUUGCCACUGUCAACCAGUACAAAAUAAGGGAUACAUUCUGCUCCUAUUCAGUAAUGGAGCUCUGCACCAAGGGGCUUGGAAACCAAGUGGAGGUGCUGAAGACCAGAGGGAUCAACCUCUCCUGCAUCCGGACGUGUGUGGUAGUGGCCGAGGAGCGGCCCCGAAUUGCCCUCCAGCAGUCCUUCUCCAAGCUCUUUAAAGACAUCGGUCUGUCCCCUCGAGCUGUCAGCACCACUUUCGGAUCAAGAGUCAAUGUAGCAAUAUGUUUACAGGGAACCUCAGGGCCCGAUCCAACUACUGUGUAUGUAGAUCUGAAAUCAUUAAGACAUGACAGGGUUCGUCUUGUGGAACGGGGUGCCCCCCAGAGUUUGCUCCUCUCAGAGUCUGGAAAGAUUUUACCUGGAGUGAAAGUGGUUAUUGUUAAUCCCGAGACCAAAGGGCCUGUUGGAGACUCUCACCUUGGAGAGAUUUGGGUAAACAGUCCCCAUACGGCCAGUGGCUACUACACCAUCUACGAUAGUGAGACUCUUCAAGCUGAUCAUUUCAACACUCGCCUCAGCUUUGGGGAUGCUGCUCAGACACUGUGGGCUCGGACAGGAUACCUUGGUUUUGUCCGCCGAACUGAGCUCACAGCGGCCACUGGAGAGCGUCAUGAUGCGUUAUAUGUGGUGGGAGCUCUGGAUGAAACGCUGGAGCUGAGAGGAUUACGAUACCACCCAAUCGAUAUUGAGACCUCAGUGUCUCGGAUCCACAGGAGCAUUGCCGAAUGUGCCGUCUUCACGUGGACCAACCUGCUUGUGGUGGUUGUGGAACUGUGUGGCUCUGAACAGGAAGCUCUGGAUCUGGUUCCUUUAGUGACAAAUGUGGUUCUGGAGGAGCAUUACCUCAUCGUUGGCGUCGUGGUUGUGGUGGACCCAGGUGUCAUCCCCAUCAACUCCAGAGGAGAGAAGCAAAGGAUGCACCUCCGCGACAGCUUCCUCGCUGACCAGUUAGACCCCAUCUACGUGGCUUAUAACAUGUAACCGGCCUUGUGGAGAUUACCGGGGCCUCCUGGGAAACCACAGGACCAAAGCCCGUGACAGGAGCAAGCUUUCAAAUGAUGUAAAAUAAGCUGAGAUGGCUACAUUGUAUCCUUCAUCUCAUCCUGUGGGAUUCUGCAAUCACACAACACACAGAAAAGGGGAAUUCUGUGAUGGCAAAUGAAAAAAAUGUUAACAGUCAUGAGCUUUGACAUAGCGUGAGCAGCACGUUACUAAAGCAAUUACAUGCAUGUUGCAUAUUUUUCA